GUCACGGUCAGGCUACGGUGGCUGGCGUGGCUCAACGCAAAGCGAAUCAGUUCAAAUGCGAGUGCAGAAUAUGAAUGAUAGAUAUUUUGUUCCUGGAUUAAACUUCACAUUUCUGUUAAACAGCCGCCUGUUACGUCAACUGUAGUUUAUGUUAUACCGCUGUUUUUUAUUAGCCGGAGCUAAGCUAGCUGCGCUAACAAGCUAACAGCAGCUAGCUGCUGCUGCUCGGACGAAAAUGGAGGAAAAUUCAAUCGAUCCUGAAGUUAUUGAACAGGCCAAAACCUUCUGGGCCAAGGAGGACGUGGAUCAGGUCUUCAGCUCGGUGUUUGCGUACCUGAAUCACCUGAAGAAAGUCCUGAAGACGAAGACGGCCACCGACAAAGAGUUUGUGGAUGGUUGGAAGCUGCUGGAAUGUCUGGACUGGUCCGGUUGUUCUCCGGCGGCCAUGCAGGACUCGUCUGUGGUUCAGGUGGUCAUCGGCUCAGUUCGGCUGCUGCCGGCUGAGUUUUCCCGCCGCAGCCCGUCCGCUUCCCCCCGCCCUCCCUCCAACGGGCUGCCGAGCCCUGCGGCGCCGCCUGCAGGCAGAGAGGAGCUGCUGCCUCCGCUGUCCACCGUGCAGCUGCAGUAUCAGCUGCACUCCUGCAGCAAGUCCUGCCUGCCCAGUUUACCCAGCAUGCCUCAGUCCACGCCUCCAUUCUGGGGUCAGAACCCGCUGAAGGUGCCGCUGCUCUGCGGCUUUAAGAGGCUGACCGCCACCCUGCUGACGUCACCGGGAGGGGGCGGGGACGGGGACAACAAGGGGGCGGAGCCAACGGCAGAGGAGGAGGACGUCAUUUACAAAGCCCCGUGUGGACAGAGCCUCCGUAACCACGACGACGUGAUGCACUUCCUGUUGGCCACAGAGAGCUACGACAUCCUGCAGGUGGACUUCUUCACCUUUAACCCGGCGGUUCGGUUGGACCCUCCGGCGGCGGCGGGCCCUCGGCACCCGGAGAUGGACCUGAGCCGGGGCUCGGAGCCGACGCCGGUGGAGCUGUGCGCCGGGGACGGCGGCGCUCGGCCGGCCGAGUUCCGCUACAGGAAGGACCGCUGGCCGCACGGCUGCUUCCUGAGCCGCGGCCCGACGCUGUUCGACGCCUGCUGCGACUGCAGCGACGGCUGUAGCGACGCGGAGCGCUGCGCCUGCAUGGCCAGGACCAGAGGACGGCGCCAUUACAGCCACCACAGACUGACGGCGCCCGUGGCCUCGGGUGUGUAUGAAUGCGGGCCGUGGUGCGGCUGUGAUCGGGCUCGUUGUCAGAACCGGCUGGUCCAGCGAGGGAUCAGAGUCCGUCUGCAGGUCUUCCACACCGACCGCCGCGGCUGGGGUGUGCGUUGCCGUGACGACUUGGACCGUGGGACGUUCGUGUGCAUCUACGCAGGUGUGAUCCUGCAGCGCGUCCAGACUCCUGAUGAACUGGGGCCUCCGAAGCUGAUGAGGACGGACCUGCCGUCGGAUGACGACGUGGAGGUGGUCACCGAGUGGCUGGCCCCGCCGGUGCUGGAGGGGCGGAGCGACCUGCUGGAAACGCCCCCGCCUCCCGUGUCCCCGCCCACCUCGCCGCCGCUGCACGUCCCGGUGAUCCAGAGACCCGCCGAGUCCUCCUGCACGCCUCAGGACAGAGACAAGGUUCCGACGGUGUUGGUCGGAGGUUCGGAGGCGUCGUCUCCUGCGGCAGGUGACCAGUCUCAAGCGCAGGAGAAGGUUUCCAUGACAACGGGCAGUCCCGAGGCGGCGGUCCACGGCGUGAACGGCACCGAGCGGGAGAGUCCGAGGAGUUUAAAGAGAGCGAUGAAGGUGGAGGACGUUUACAUGCUGGACGCCAGCAAGGAGGGAAAUGUGAGCCGCUUCAUCAACCACAGUUGCGACCCGAACUUGUUCGUCCAGAACGUCUUCACCGACUCCCACGACCCCGGAUUCCCCGUCAUCGCCUUCUUCACCAACAGGGUGGUGACGGCCGGCACUGAACUCACCUGGAACUAUUCUGCACACACGCAAAGUUUCUCACUGCACAAACAGGAAGUGCCGUGUCUCUGCGACGCCGACGACUGCCGGGGAGAGUUCACCGUGGAGGAGAACCUGUGUGACAUGUGUGAGGUCGAAGGUCAAGCUGCGAUCAACGCCACAUGAUCCACAUUAAAAACAUUUUUUUACUGUAGUAAAACACGUUGAAAACUCAUCUGCUGCCAUUAGAUCAGCUUGUUUUUGUAAAAUGAAAAUGUUAAUAAACUUUUUUACUUUCUUACACAUUAAUGUGACUUUCUACUUUGAAACGAGUUCAUGGAAAAAUGCUCUUUAUUGAAACUGUUACUGUAAACUCCAGCGGAGUCAAUAAACGAGGAGCUGUAUGGAAAGCCGA